UACUAGAUGAACAAUUGUUCAGCACGACAGGGACAUGGGCGUGGGGCUGGCGGACAGGGACAGAGCUUAUUUAAAUGCAGCUGUCGGAGCGCAGAACGAAUCACUCUGAUUGCUGUCGCUGUUGGAUUUACACGUCUAUCCUUGUAGUGCCGCCCGAACCAAACUAGCCAAAAAUGUGUGACGAAGAAGCAUCAGCCCUGGUGGUGGACAACGGCUCCGGCAUGUGCAAGGCCGGGUUCGCCGGAGACGACGCGCCCCGCGCCGUGUUCCCCUCGAUCGUGGGCCGUCCCCGGCACCAAGGUGUGAUGGUGGGCAUGGGACAGAAGGACUGCUACGUGGGCGACGAGGCGCAGAGCAAGCGCGGUAUCCUCUCUCUGAAGUACCCCAUCGAGCACGGCAUCAUCACGAACUGGGACGACAUGGAGAAGGUCUGGCAUCACACCUUCUACAACGAGCUGCGUGUGGCCCCCGAGGAGCACCCCGUCCUGCUGACCGAGGCGCCCCUCAACCCCAAGGCCAACCGCGAGAAGAUGACCCAGAUCAUGUUCGAGACCUUCAACUCCCCGGCCAUGUACGUGGCCAUCCAGGCCGUGCUCUCCCUGUACGCCUCCGGCCGUACCACCGGCAUCGUCCUGGACUCGGGAGACGGUGUCUCGCACACCGUGCCCAUCUAUGAGGGCUACGCCCUGCCCCACGCCAUCCUCCGUCUGGAUCUGGCUGGUCGCGAUCUGACCGACUACCUGAUGAAGAUCCUCACCGAGCGCGGCUACAGCUUCACCACCACCGCCGAGCGUGAGAUCGUGCGCGACAUCAAGGAGAAGCUGUGCUAUGUGGCCCUGGACUUCGAGCAGGAGAUGGCCACCGCCGCCGCCUCCACUUCCCUGGAGAAGUCGUACGAGCUGCCCGAUGGCCAGGUGAUCACCAUCGGCAACGAGCGCUUCCGCACCCCGGAGGCCCUCUUCCAGCCCUCGUUCCUGGGCAUGGAGUCGUGCGGCAUCCACGAGACCGUCUACCAGUCGAUCAUGAAGUGCGACGUGGACAUCCGCAAGGAUCUGUAUGCCAACAACGUGCUGUCCGGCGGCACCACCAUGUAUCCAGGUAUCGCUGAUCGUAUGCAGAAGGAGAUCACCGCCCUGGCUCCGUCCACCAUCAAGAUCAAGAUCAUCGCCCCGCCCGAGCGCAAGUACUCCGUCUGGAUCGGUGGCUCCAUCUUGGCCUCGCUGUCCACCUUCCAGCAGAUGUGGAUCUCCAAGCAGGAGUACGACGAAUCCGGCCCCGGAAUUGUCCACCGCAAGUGCUUCUAAGCACCCAAGCAUCUAGCCCAAAUCAACAUCUCCUCGAGCGCUGCUCUGGUGUUUGUCUCUAGCAUAAGACAGUCGACCAGGCACCAGGGACAAGGAUGAGGACGCAGUUCAGUGAAAAGUAUCUUUAAAAUUACAUUUAGUUGAUGAAGAAGUUUUUAACAUAGAUAGAGAGGACAAGAGAAAAGAGAAGUGAAUAAUACCGGAAACGAGCGGCAAAGCCUUCUUUUUAUUAUUAUUGCUAUUUUUAUUUGAUUUGACUCGGAAUUUGUAUUGCUUUAUUCGCUUGCCAGCGAAGAAAAUCGCCAAAACAAUCGGUUGUAACGUACAAUAAAAACCAAUAACCCAUGUGAA